UGUUUUGUUAGAGUUGCGUGCAUCGGGAAUGGAGUAUUGUUGACUGCAGGGACACUUCACAAUUCGUAGCUCCAACCGUAUUUCUUUGUUUAUCUCGUGUGCGAAACGGUACUGUAUCAACGUAGGGAACGUUCUGUCGCGUGUGAAGUAUCACGGCGCGUCGAGGCACGGAAAAGGGAACCACGGUGGAGGCUUCGAAUUACCCGGUGGAGACCCGUUGGAAAUUGAUUCACCCGAGAAGAAGCAGUGUUCGCAAAGGCGUCCAUACCGUUGUGGUGUUCCGUGCUACCACUUCAGGAGGUUUUGGACGUUCCGUUUUCUGGAACAGGCUGCGACUCGAGUCCCAGAAGGGAAAAUAAUGGCACAGCCGACCAGCAGCGCGCUCAGGGCGCUCGCCCUCGAAUAUAGGAGCCUUCAAGAGGAACCCGUCGAGGGAUUCCGCGUGAAACUCGUUAACGAGGACAACAUGUUUGAGUGGGAAGUGGCUAUCUUCGGCCCUCCGGAUACGCUCUACCAAGGAGGAUACUUCAAGGCACACAUGAAGUUCCCGCCGGAUUAUCCGUACAGUCCACCGAGCAUUCGGUUUAUGACGAAAGUUUGGCACCCGAACGUGUACGAGAACGGAGAUCUAUGCAUAUCGAUCCUGCAUCCGCCAGUAGACGAUCCACAGAGCGGUGAACUGCCAUGCGAGAGGUGGAAUCCAACACAGAACGUCAGGACGAUCCUCCUGUCGGUGAUCUCGCUACUGAACGAGCCGAAUACGUACAGCCCAGCGAACGUGGACGCCUCUGUGAUGUAUAGGCGCUGGCGCGACUCCAAGGGUCGGGACAAAGAGUAUGAAAAUAUCAUAAGAAAACAAGCACAGGCGGCCAUGAUGGAGGCCGAGAAGGAGGGCAUCGUCGUGCCGGUGACGCUCGAGGAUUACUGCAUAAAGACGAACGCGAGGCCGGCCGAGCAUCAACUGGACAUGACAGACUUCUACGACGACGAGUACGAGCUGGACGACGACGAGGACGAUCAGUUGAGCGGCAACGAGUACGAGGACGGGGACGACAGUGGCAACGGGGAGUCGUGAUCCAUUCCCUAAAGGGGCCGACACAACAUACACACUCCACACACACGGAUACACAGAAAUACACGGAUAAAAUAAAACUCGAAUAUUAAAAACAACAGGAAAAGGACAAAAAAAGAAAUCGCUAAUUAUUAUCAGUUCUGUAUAGAUUAAUAAAUUAACGGGCUUCUAAACCGGACACACUCACUCUCUCUCUUUCUCUUUCUCUUUCUCUUUCUCUUUCUCUCUAUUCAGACGUGCCACCCUAUAAAUUCAAGUACACGCGUAAUCGAACCACCUUAUCUAUCUGUUCUCUCCUCGUUCUCAUUGUAGCGGGACCCGCGGCGAGUAUAUAACACGUAUGUAUUGUAUUUCAAGGAUGUCGUCAAUUAUCGCGCCGUUUCACUACCACCAUUCACGUCACGAGGUGUUUUUUUUUGUUUUUUUUUGUUUUAGGGUAGGAUGAACACCGUGAGUUCGCGCCGGUCCGACGCGCGUGUUUUCCUUUCUUUCUUUCUCUUCCCCCUCCCCCCCGGUCGAAAGAGAUACACAGGUUAGGUUGUCCCGAAAUA